GCUGCGGUGGCCGGGAGAGGAGUGGCCGGAGCCGCUUGAAUAUCCACAGUUCAGUUUCUCUGCCUAUCAAGAGUUCUGAUUCAACAUGGAUGAUCUGUCACCGGAAGAAAUUCAACUGAGGGCUCACCAGGUUACUGAUGAGUCUCUGGAAAGUACAAGGAGAAUCCUGGGUUUAGCCAUUGAGUCUCAGGAUACAGGAAUCAAAACUAUCACUAUGCUGGAUGAACAAGGGGAACAACUAAACCGCAUUGAAGAAGGCAUGGACCAAAUAAAUAAAGACAUGAGGGAAGCAGAAAAGACUUUAACAGAACUCAACAAGUGCUGUGGACUUUGUGUCUGCCCAUAUAAUAGGACAAAGAACUUUGAGUCUGGUAAGGCCUAUAAGGCAACAUGGGGCGAUGGUGGAGACAACUCAUCUAGCAAUGUAAUAUCUAAGCAGCCAGGCCGGGUGACAAAUGGUCAGCCUCAGCAAGCAGCCACAGGAGCAACCUCUGGAGGAUACAUUAAACGUAUAACUAAUGAUGCCAGAGAAGAUGAAAUGGAGGAGAACCUGACUCAGGUGGGCAGUAUCCUGGGAAAUCUAAAAAACAUGGCCCUGGACAUGGGCAAUGAGAUUGAGGCUCAAAAUCAACAAAUACAGCGGAUCACAGAAAAGGCUGACACCAACAAAGAUCGUAUUGAUAUUGCCAAUGCCAGAGCAAAGAAACUCAUUGACAGCUAAAGCUACUGCUGUACUUCUUUAUCAUUUAUUCACUUCCCUAGCUCCUCCUUCAAAGCCACACCUUUUCAGAAUUUGAAAUUUUGGCACCAUACCAUUGUAAUCAGGAGAUAAUGUGGAGGAAGGGCCAGAACAGCCCCCCUUAUUGUUUUAGUUUCUAUUUUUCUCUAGAGGGUAGACUGUGCUGCUUUCUUACAGUAUUUUCUUUCUCUGUUCAACCUCUUAGAUUGGUUUUCAUAUGUACACAUAGCGUUGUUUUUCAUCCUCAUUUAUUUUAGAAGGUUCUCUUGCUUUCAAGAUUUGAAAGCAUUGCCAAAGACAGUCAUGAAGAAGGAAGGUUUUUUUUGGCGGGG